AUGGCAGUUGGAUCAGCAACUCCAGGCGCGCCGCCUCCGCCUGCUGGGCCUCCGACGCAGAAGCGCUUCAAGCCUCCGAGUCCGGGUACAGCAUCCGUCACAUCCCUCGACUUCGACGACACGGGCGAACUAGCCAUAGUAGCGCGCGACGACGACACCCUCCAGAUCUACAACUGCAAGGAAGGAAAACAUGCAAAAGAGCUGAAGAGUCAGAAAUAUGGCGUACAUCUUGCGCGCUUUUCCCACCAUGCGCAGAGCAUCAUCUACGCAAGUACAAAAGUCGACGAUACAAUUCGCUACCUCUCCACACACGACAACUCCUACAUACGCUACUUCAAGGGCCACACCGACACCGUGACAUCCAUCUCGCUCUGUCCCUCCUCAGACACAUUCCUCUCCUGCUCCCGCGACAACACUGUGCGCCUAUGGAGUCUCUCAUCACCCAACUACCACGGCCUGCUAAACCUCCAAGGCGCCUACCUCGCCGCCUACGACCCCUCCGCAACCGUCAUGGCCAUCGCCUCACCUUCGACACAAACCGUACUGCUCUACGACGUGCGCAACUUUGACAAGCCGCCGUUCGCGACGUGGGACAUGCAGGAGCUUGAGCAGCGCUUCCUGGGCCGCGAGAAGGGCGAGUGGACGAAGAUCGAGUUCUCGAACGAUGGCAAGAAUCUGCUGAUCGCGACGAAUGGAAGUGGCCAUUUCAUACUCGAUGCGUUUUCGGGCGAAAUCACGCACUUUUGUUACCGCAAGGCGGGUUCGUCGGGACGCUUGUCGGCUGGCGCGACGAGUCUGAGUCACAUGGCGAAUGGGCACGCGCCGGUGGUUGGGCAGGGCGAUGUAUGUCUGUCGCCGGAUGGGCAGUACUUGAUCGGUGGGAGUAGCGAGGAUGGGCUGCUGGUAUGGGAUAUUUCGAAACCGCCGUCGCCGAAUAAUAGUCUCGAGCCGAUUGAGAAGUUACCGGGGCAUGGGAAGAGCGCGAUUGUGGGGUAUAAUCCGAGGACGAAUUUGAUUGCGAGUGCGGAUAAGGAUUUGUACUUGUGGCAGCCGGACUCGGAUUUGAUGGUUUGA